CAUUUUGCGACCGACCACUCAACUAGAAUAAAAUGAAAAUUGUGACGGUUCUCAUAGUUCUAUGCUUCGAUGCUAUAACUUCACUGCCACUAUUAGGUGAAGAGAUUGAUGCAAUCGAACAAUGGUGGAAUGCCAAUUAUUUUAUUAAAUUUAAUUCGCCCGGCGGAAAGGCUUUCUAUAUUAAGACCACCGAUGGGACCAUUUAUCGUCAAAAGGGGAACAUUACAUUUGAAAUGUUGCCGUUCAUUAGUUUCGCUUCGAUAAAUUUUAAAAUUUACGACAUUUAUUUCGAAAGUGAUGACAUCAGAGGGUCCUAUCCCAGAUUAGUGGAGAGUGAAUUUGAUUGCGAAAAUAAAGAUUCGUUGGUGCGUCCUCGCCUCUAUUCUUUCGUUGGACCGAAUAAGAAAGUGUACAAGGUCAUUGUUAAAGAUGGGAAUGAACACCAUGUUGAAGAACAAUCGUCAGAGGCAUUGGAUCAUUUUGAAAUCAAAACGUUUGGCCCGUUCGAAAAAUGGGAGCACACCUUCGUUUUUUCUGCGAAUGGAGUACUGGCACUGGAUCAUUCGAUAUCACCCAUCCCAGUGCUAGCGAAUCGUUCAAUUUUAUUACCUGAAUUGGAACCAAAUUUCAUAGAAACGAGUCACAAUCAAACAGUAGUUAAAUUCAACUCACCCAGUGGCAGAAAGUACUACAUGAAAGACCUACAGAAUAUAAUUGCCAUUCGCCAUUAUGAUGAGGAAGAAACAGCAUAUAUCACCUUCACGGAGCCUAACGGACGAAUAUACGACAUUCAUAUAGACGAGAAGGAUGGUCACGCAUUCAUAGUGCCGAAAAGUGUGGAUGAGAAUUACGUUCGAAAUGAACGUCUGUAUUCAUUUGUCGCACCUAAUGGAAUAUUGUACCGAAUCGAUCACAAAAACGGAAGCGACAACGAAGUUCCUGUGUUAGUGUCAAAUUCAAGUGAAUCUUCAAGUGAUUUACAAAUAACACUCACGCAACCGGGAUCGGUUGUCUACAUACGCGAGCAUUUCACAAGGUUAAAAUCUUUGGACGACGGUGAAUUGACGGAAUUGAGAGAACCGCCAGAACCUGACCACAACAAGCGUGUAAAGUACAUCUUUUCGGACAACGGAAACAGACUGUUCGAUCGAGUGAAUGAAAUUGACUGGACGCCUCUGAAUGAAUUUCCUGCGUUACCAGUGGAUGAAGUAACUAAGGAUUUUGUAAUGCACAAUGAUCCGACUUUAACAUUGUACACACCCAGCGGAAAAAAAUACCACAUCUUCACGGCUAACCAAACCACGUGGAUCGCUGUCGAGAAAGGAGCGAAAGGAGUCAACCGUUCGCAGAGCUUAUACAUAACUUAUUUGCAGGGUGACAGAAGAAAGACUAACAUUCAUUUUGUACCCGGAGCCGAUCCUUAUUUUGAGAAAGAAGACACAACGAAUAGAGACGAUGAGUUUUGGGACGUAGAAUUUGAAUUUAUGUCAUUUAGUACACCCGAUCGAAAGAUAUAUUCGAUUUUUCUAGCAGAAGGCGAUGGAAUAUAUUUUAUUAAACGUGGAGUCAUUCCGUCGUGUUCCGAUAGCUUAAUAUCUGAUUGGCAAGUCAAAGAACCGGAUGAUGCACCUCAAGAAACCCCUUUAUUCAUCAUGAUUCGGAAAGGCGUACUUCAAUUGUUGUAUCGUUUUACAUGGAAUGGCGAUGAAUUGACCGAAGCUUCAAUAGCAUCACCAUCACAGUGUGGCUUUCCGAAAACUUUGAUUUCACUUGUUGGAAAAUAAAAUUUGAGUUCAAUGGAAUAAA